UACCAACACAAAGCCAAGGCGCGGCGCAGCCAGAGUAAGCAGAGAGUUGCACUACCGUGCUUCUUCAGUUCUUCUUCCUAGUAUGCACUCGCUUGUGAGGCGUGGCAAUGGCUACGGCUACGGCUAUGGUGGUUACGGCAGCAGCAAUCCCCAUAUGAACUACCACCGCCAAAACACCGAGUCCGUGACCACCGUCGUCACGGAGAUGAACCGAAUGGCCGUCGACGACAAGCCCUGCUACGGCGGCGGCGUGCAGAAGCAGGCCUGCAAGGUGGAGGCGUUCCAGGAGCACGACGAAGCGUACAAGGGCGCCGUGGCCGUGCAGCAGAAGCACUCCUCCUUCAAGGAGGACAAGGAGGAGGUGCGCGGUGCUGCUGCCGCCGUCAGAAGCUGGCACGACGAGUUAUACAAGGAGGAGGAGGAGGAGAAGCGCGUCGUCGACACGGAGUACGGUGCCCGCUACGGGGGUGUGGCCGCCGUGAAGAAGCCGGGCUACAACUACAAGCAGCACGAGGCAUACGGGGAGACCGAAGGUGCAGGGUACGGCUACGGCGCCGGCGGCGUGAAGAAGCAAGCAGGCUACAGCUACGCGCAGGAGGCGUGCGGAGAGAGCUACGGCGGCGCUCACCACGGUGGUGCCGGUGCCGUCGCGCAGACGUACGCCUACGACCAGCAGCAGGCCUACAAGCACAAGAACGCGGCAGGGGCGGGGGCGGGGUACGGUGCUCCCUACGGUGGUGGCGCCGUGCAGCAGCACGACGGACACAAAGAUGUGUACCGGCACGGCGCCGCCGCCGGUGGCAAAGUAAAGAAGAACGGCUACCAGUACCAAGAGGCGUACGGCGGAACUGACGCAGGAGGGUACGGUGCGCACUACGGCGGCGGUGGUGGCGCCGUGCAGCAGUACGGGUACGGCGGCGCCACUACCGAUGGCAAAGUGAAGAAGGGCGGCCACCAGUACUACGGCGGAAGUGGUGCAGGAGGGUACGACUCUCACUACGGCGGCGGCGGCGGUGGCGCCGUGCAGCAGUACGGCGGCUACCAUAAAGAUGCGUACGGGUACGGCGGCGGCGCCACCGCCGGUGGAAAAGCGAAGAAGAGCGGCUACCAGUACGAGGAGGCGUACGCUGGAACUGGCGCGGGAGGAUACGGCGCUCACUAUGGUGGUGGCGCCGCCGUCGCUCAGAAGCAAGGCUACAGGCAGGGCAUAUACGAGAGCGAGAGCGAGAGCGAAAGCGAGAGCGAGAGCGACGAGAGCGACUGCGAGGAGGCGUUCCUGCCGCACGGCGGCCGGACGCCGCAGGGCGGCGUGCAGCACAGCUACGGCUACGGGGGCGGGGCGUACAAGCACGGGGCUGGCAACCUCGGCGGCUUGCGCCGCUACCAGUCGUACGAGAGCCGCGAGGAUCUCGGCGGCGGACGCCGCUACGAGACCUACCAGAGCACCGUCCAGUACACCGGCUCCCCGACCAAGAACCGCCACGUCCUACGCUACGGCGCGUAGGCAUAUAUACGCUCUGAUCCAGUUGCAUUGCAGCACGUGCACCUACGUAUAUUCCUAUGCCGCGUCGUGUGACUCGUGUCGUAUAGGCAGGCGGCACCGCUACUUGGUGGGCCUUGUGUUUGCUGGUGCAGAUCGAAAAAUCUGACAAUAAGAUGUACUUAAUGCCACCUUGAUAUAAUAAUGUAUGAAGACGAAACUUUGAAA